GCUCCUCCUGUGACUGACCAAUGAGCUCCCAGAACACUGAACGAGUGGGCGGGACCGAACCGGGCCAAACGCAAACAUGGCGGCUCCCUUAGAUGAUGAUAUUGAGUCUAACAAUCAGGACUUCUAUUCACUGCUCAACGUUAGGAAAGAGGCCACAGCUGAGGAGCUAAAGGCAUCAUAUCGGAGGCUAUGUAUGCUAUACCAUCCAGACAAACACAGAGACCCAGAGCUGAAAAGACAAGCUGAGCAACUUUUCAACCAGGUUCACCAAGCUUAUGAAGUGCUGAGUGAUGCUCAUUCCAGAGCUAUCUAUGACAUCUUUGGGAAGAAAGGGCUGGAGGUGGAAGGCUGGGAGGUGGUGGAGAGGAAGAGGACACCGGCAGAAAUUCGAGAGGAAUAUGAAAGGCUACAGAGAGAGAGAGAGGAGAGGAGACUGCAGCAAAGAACAAACCCUAAGGGCACCAUCAGCGUUGGUGUGGAUGCAACGGACCUGUUUGACCGCUAUGAUGAAGACUUUGAAGAGAUGCCAGGAGGAGGCUUUCCUCAUAUUGAAAUCAACAAGAUGCAUAUUUCUCAGUCUAUAGAGGCUCCUUUGACGAACUCUGACACAGCAGUGCUGUCUGGUUCGCUCUCCACGCAUAAUGGGAACGGAGGAGGAAACAUUAACAUGACCGUGCGCAGGGUUAUGUCAGCCAAGGGCUGGGGGGAGGUGGAGUUUGGUGCGGGAGACAUACUGGGACCUCUUAUUGGGUUAAAGGUGUUUCGCAAUGUCACACCACGGUGUUUCAUGACAGCCCAGUGCGGUUUACAGUUCUCACCUCGAGGUUUGCGACCGAGUUGUUCUCUGAUGACAGCGCGGCACCUGGAUCAGAACACCAUGGGUUAUCUUCAGUGGCGCUGGGGGCCCAACAGCGCCAUGACUACCAGCCUUGUCCGAGACACCAAGAGCAGCCACUUUACUCUAGCUCUGCAGCUGGGCGUGCCACACUCCUACCUGAUGAUGAGCUACCAGUACAAGUUCCAGGAUGAAGACCAGACCAAAGUUAAAGGAUCUGUGAAGACAGGCUGGUUUGGCACUGUGGUAGAAUAUGGAGCAGAGAGAAAGAUCAGCCGACACAGUAUACUGUCAGCCACUGUCAGCAUUGGGGUCCCGCAGGGAGUUACACUCAAGAUCAAGCUGGCACGUGCAAAUCAAACAUACCUGUUCCCAGUCCAUCUGACUGAUCAACUGCUGCCCAGCGCCGUCUUCUAUGCCACUGUGGGACCUCUGCUGGUCUACAUGGCCGUCCACAGGCUGAUCGUUAUCCCGUACACACAAGCACAGAAAGAACAAGAGCUGGAGCUGCAGAGGAAGAGCUCUGCCACAGACAUCGCCAAGAAGAAGCAGGAGGCAGAGUCUGCUGUUCUGCUGAUGCAGGAGUCUGUGAGGAGAAUCAUAGAAGCAGAAGAAUCCAAGAUGGGCUUGAUCAUCCUGAAUGCUUGGUAUGGGACGUUUGUGUCAGACACCAGCCAGAAGCAGGAGAAAGCCAAGGUCAUCGAUGUGACCGUGCCUCUACAGUGCCUCGUCAAAGACUCCAAACUCAUCCUCACUGAGGCCUCUAAGUCAGGGUUGCCCGGUUUCUACGACCCUUGUGUAGGCGAAGAGAAGAGCCUAAAAUUACUCUACCAGUUCAGGGGUGUCUUGCACCAAGUCAUCUCUGCAGACAAAGAGUCGCUACGGAUACCCAAGCAAUCUCACAGAAUUGAGUCCGAGUCCUAGAGGGCAGCGCUGUCGGAGUACGACGAGGCAAACGGACUGUGUGAACAGAAGAACCCAAGAAUGGAGGGGGUCACAUCGAAAAUAAGCUGGCCUCUCUCCUCUGGCCUUCUUCUGUUGUGACGUUAGCAAAUCCGAUAGUUCCUCCACUCGUGUUUUCCUGUGGGCCAGCAGAAUUCAGUCAGCACUGACAAGGUGUUGCCCUUUGUGUCCCCACACCUGAGAGAGCUGCUCAAAUACCUGCCUUCUGCAGGGGAGAAGACCCUACAACCCUACAGACCUACAACAUAGAUUUAUAUAUGCACUACACAAGAGGGCCUGACACUCCCUCAGUGAUGAGCUAAAAGUGGGGGCUCUACUUUACCCCAUAUCAUUGUAGUCUUUGUCCUAUAUGUGUAUCACAUUGAUAGUUUUGAUCUAAUAUUGGUAUGGCAUAGUCAUUGCAAUAAUUCAUGUAAAUGUUUCUGGUCGCAGAUCACGUCUCACUAACCCCGAGGCUAGCCACGACUGAGGAAUGACUAAACUCGAGUUUUUGUUUUUUUUUAAAUUUCUCAUCAUCCGCUCAAAAAAAAUCAUCCUAAUUUAUUUAUGAUUUUAGUGCCGCUAUCUGCUGCUCACUGCGGUGCCGGUCGGCAGGUGCUAACUGGUGCUCUGAACUUGUAUCUGUGAAGGCUGAGAUGUGGAAGAAAGGGGAGGGCUUGCUCGGGGAGGGAACGCGGCAGUUGCCCUUUAAUGGUAGAGUUCCAACUGAAGAGAGGGAGAGAAGCUCAAAUUCCACAUAUUGAUUUUUAAUAUCUAUUCUAGACUGCAAUUUAAAGGCAGAAAUUCAGCUUGGAUUUGAUUUGCGUCAGUGUUUAUUGAUUGACUGUGCAGCUGCAGCCAAAACAGAAUUUUCUAUAAGGACUUUAAAUACAGUGAAGGUUAUAGUUUGUACUUCUCUGAUGUAUAUCUGGAACAAAUCCAGUGGUAGCAGUAAAAUACUGGCAUGGAUUUGAAACAUUUGGAUUAUUUUGUAAUUGGUUGGAUGUAAAUUGGAGAAGAUCAGCACUUUUGCCACAUGUAGCUCAUUUGCUGCUGAUGUAAUUUAUUGAGCUUAACACGUUGGCUAUGAAAUCAAGCCCAGCUGCAGUCACAGAUCAGAUGAUUCCCCCUUUACACUCCACAAUUGCCAUAUCUGUAAUAGGGCUGUGCAUAUGCAAGCCACUUUACAAUCCACCUCUACCCUUCAUGGUUUGUAUUGAUCUGAAUUGAUCAUUCUUAUACACUAUAUUGCCAAAAGUAUUUGCUUGUCUGGCUUCACACACUUUUGAACAACCCGUUUUUAAUCCACAGAAUUUAAUAUGAUGUCGGUCCACCCUUUGCAGCUAUAACCGCUUCAACUCUUCUGGGAAGGCUUUCCACAAGGUUUAAGAGUGUGUUUAUGGGAAUUUGUACAUUUGUGAGGUCAGACAUGAUGUUGGAUGAAAAGGCCUGGCUCACAGUCUCCGCUCGAAUUCAUCCCAAAAGUGUUCCGUCAGGUUGAGGUCAGGACUCUGUGCAGGCCAGUCAAGUUCUUCCACACCAAACUUGCUCAACCGUGUCUUUAUGGACCUUGCCCUCCCCUCCCCACACUGUUCCCACAGAGCCCUCCACCAAACUUUACACUUGGCUUGAUGCAGUCAGACAAGUACUGUUUUCCUGGCAACUGCCAAACUCAGACUCGUCCAGUGGAUUGCCACAUAGAGACGCCUGAUUCAUCAUUCCAGAGAACACGCCUCCACUGCUUUAGAGUCCAGUGGCAACAUACUAUACACCACUGCAUCUGAAGGUUUGUAUUGUACUUGGUGAUGUAAGGUUUGGAUGCAGUUGCUCUACCAUGGAAACGCAAUCUGUAAAGCUCUCUACACACUAUUCUCUAGCUAAUCUGAAGGUCGUGAAAUUUGCAGAUCUGUAGCGAUUAACUCUGCAGAAAGUUGGCCGUCUCUGUGCACUACACACCUCAGCAUCUACUGACCCUGAUCUGUGAUUUUUAUGUAGCCUACCACUUUCUGGCCAAGUUACUGUCAUUGCCAAAUGCUUCCACUUUAUUAUAAUAACAACUAUGACAGUACCACGCUUGAAUUCACUGAGCUUCUGAGAGCGACCUGUACUUUCACAAAUGUUUGUAGAAGAAGUCUGUAUGCCUAGGUGCUUGAUUUUAUAUGCCUGUGGUCAUGGAAGUGAUUGGAACACCUAAAUUCAAUGAUUUGAGUGGGUCAGUGAACACUUUUGGCAAUAUAGUUGUCAAUAAUAUCUACUCUAUUUUGUGUCGGGGUCCUUCUGCUGCUCUCUGAGGUGGAGAGACCGUAGAACAGAGGCACAUGUUUCCAUUGACUCUAGAGGUUUUGGGCAACUGAACCGUAGCCUCACCAAAACCACAAAGCUAUAUUGUCUAAAUUAGGUGUUACAGUGUUUUAGUUAGU